AUGAUACAAUUCUUCUCGAAUAAAGAACGUCGUCUGGUUUCCUUAAAAGUACAAUUACAAGACCAUGUACAUUCACUUUACCCAGCCUUUAAAUUGCUGUUUGUAUUUUCCUUAAUUCUUGUUUCCUUCCUCGAUCAUGGAAAUUUCCAAAAAAGUUCAAAAAAUAGCAACAACUUGAUUCAAAGAUAUCAAGAAUUCGAACAACAUUUAUUACGAAGAUCCGAUGUGAAAAGAGAAAACAAAUUCCGCUCUCAACUCGAACUUGUCACAGCCAUCAAUGAUCAUUGCGAUGAUGUUUUACACACUUAUCCUUAUUACAGAAUUUUUAUUCUCUCUGUCAUUGGUGGAUUGUAUCUUUCGAUUGGUACCAUUUUGAGUGGUUUAUUGUGUAGUGAUUUAUCAAGUAAGGCCAUGCAGAAACUCAUGAUUGGAGUUUCAUUCAUUUGUUCUUUCACAAUGAUUGUGUUGAGUAAGGGCAUUUUGUUUACAGAGGUCAAUAUUUCAGUAUCAGUGUAUUUAUUUAAGCAGGAUUUGAUUGGAAUGUUGAGAAGAAGCUUUUGUCGAGUGGUGAAAAUUCUCUCUUGUUCUUUCUUUGGAGGAUGUUUCGGAAGAUUAAAUGACUCUUCCAAUUCACACCCUCAGCAUCAAGAUAUUGAAAGUCAUGGCGAAACGAAUUUGGAAACUCAACAGAAUCGUCACCAUCAAGGUGUCGAUUGGAAACAUUUGCCAAAUCCAAGAAAGAACAUUCAUUUCAUGACGAUUGUGAAUUCAAUCUUGUAUUGGAUGGUGUGCAUUGUUGGUUAUCUAUUAGGAACCAUGUUGAUGAGCUCUGUAUUGAAUGGAUGUCUCAUUUGGUAUCAGAACACGUCACUGAUUCAAUUUUUGAGCAACACCACUCUCUACAAAAUUGAAACAUUCCAAGACCGAGGUGUGAAUGGCUGGGUUUUGUGUUUUGUUUCAGGAAUGGUUGCAAAUUUCAUGAUUGGUGUGGCCUCCUUGUUGGGUUCGAGUGCCAUCACUUUAGUGGGAAAGAUUGCAGGUAUGGCGAUUCCAGUCAUUGCGUUUGCAGCGAUGGGUCCACAACAUGCUCCAGCAAAUUUUGGAUACUUUUCGCACAUUUUGGUUUGGAGAAGCGUUCGUGACCCAGAAUGCAACACUCGUGACACAAGAGAUGAAGUAUGUGAUGGAUUUAAGCUGGUCCGAUGCUUUUGCUUGGAAUAUUGUGCCAGCUGCUUUGGGAAAUGCCGUGGGAGGUUUUCUUCUUGCCUUUGUCAUUGUGUUCACAUUCAUCAAGUAAAAGUGAAAACUUAUUAUUGUUAA